AUGGCCCAGUCCAAGACUUCGAAAGAAGAGGAAGCGCUGUUUGCGUAUCAGGAGGAAACGGGGAUCGGUACCGGGCCUGAAUAUGAGUAUCCAAAGACGGCAAAAGAGGACCCCGAGACUCCGAUUGUGGACGCACCGGGCCCGGAGGAAGGGAAGGGAGGGGAGGACGCACCGGGAGAGGAUGCUCCUGAGCUGACGGAGAAAGAGAUUGAAGAGGAAGAGUCGCUGGAGCAAGAGGCGGCAGGGGAAUGGACCGAGGACAUGGCACAGAACGUUCCGCAGCCAGGCGAUGUGCCCACUGGAAUUCCCGAGGACACAGAGAGACUGCCUAGUGACCGAGGCUAG